UUGAGGCACUUCCGCAUUGACUUCCCUUGUCAAACGCACAGUCUACGUCUAAUCCAACGUUCCCCUCUCUUUGUCGAAGUCUGCUGUACUCCCUCCGAGUCAAUGGCCGAAGAACACAGUGCACGUGCCAAAGGUUUCAUCGAUAGCACCGUUCACGUGGAUGUCAAGGAUUAUUAUGGCAAGAGGCUGCAGAAAAGCUCAGACCUGCAGAGCAACGCCUGUGUGGCUCCAGCUACGCCCAUACCUGCCUUCAUCCGCCAGGCUCUGAACAAAGUGCACCAUGAAGUGACUGCCAGGUAUUAUGGCUGUGGUCUGGUGGUGCCAGAGUGUCUGGAGGGUUGCAGGAUACUGGACCUGGGCAGUGGAAGUGGGAGGGACUGCUACAUGCUGAGUCAGCUGGUGGGCGAGAAGGGCCAUGUCACUGGCAUUGAUAUGACUGAGGGCCAGCUUGAAGUGGCCAGGACAUAUGUGGACCACCACAUGCAAGAGUUUGGCUACAAGAAACCCAAUGUAAGUUUUGUCCAGGGCUACAUUGAGGCCCUAACGAAGGCGGGUCUGGAAAAGAGCUCAUUUGAUAUCAUCAUUUCCAACUGUGUGGUGAAUCUGUCUCCAGACAAGAAGCAAGUCCUGGCUGAAGCCUACAGUGUACUAAAGAACGGUGGCGAGCUGUACUUCAGUGACGUCUACAGCAGUGGAAGACUAACAGAGGAAAUUAAAAAUCACAAAGUGCUGUGGGGAGAGUGCCUUGGCGGUGCGCUCUGGUGGAAGGAUCUGCUACGAUUGGCUGAGGAAGUGGGCUUCAGUCCCCCACGGCUGGUUACAGCCAGUGUCAUCACUGUCGACAACAAAGAGCUGGAGGAUGUCCUGGGUGACUUCAAGUUUGUCUCUGCCACGUACCGCCUGUUUAAGGUCCCCAAAGGCAACACCAAGCCCUGUCAGGUUAUAUAUAAUGGGAACAUUACUGGAGUGGAGGACAGCUUCCAGUUUGACUGUCAGUACACUUUCAAGGUCAGUGAAGUGGUGGAGGUGGAUGGAGAGAUGGCCAGCAUCCUGACCCAUUCUAGAUUUGCGGAGGACUUCACUUUCCAGCCACCUGGAGGCCCCUGUGGGCCCUGUGGAGUCAAACCUAAGGCUGACAUUGUGGAUCCUUUCGAGCUGGUCCUUCAGCUGGAGAAACAGAGUCCAGGUUCAGCCACAGGGGGGUGCUGCAGCACACAGUCUGCUGCCUGCUGCAAGUGAUGGUUGGAAGAGCACAGAGCACCCCAGCACCAGCACCUUGAUGAUGGUUGACUAUGUACUAAAUCAAUUGUGCCUUGUGCAGUGUCAAUAUGUUAACUUGAAUUUGAUAAUUAACAUGACUGAAAUAAUAUUUAUUUAAUUGAUAAUUAUUAUUUGCAUUAAUAUUCAGUUGCAGCAAUUUAAAUGAAUCCUUACUUACAAAUAAACAUGUAUUGUGGUUGUUCUGUGCACACUUCCCACUCAGUCUCCUCUGGUGGAAAAAACUGAAAAAACAGAAUUUGAUUUAUUCAGAUAACAAUGUUGCUUAAACAAAAUGACUUUGGCAGUGAACAUAGGACACUUCAAAAUACUUUGUUGUCUUCUCUUUAAAGCUCAUUAUUUUCCCCAUUUAUCUGUUGUCUUGAACAUCUGAAUCUGUGCUAGUCACACCUUCAUGAUGAUUGUUCCAUCUUUGCCAACAAAUGACUAGUUCAGUUUCAAUACCUCUAAAUUUAACGAUUUUUUCUAAUUACUAUUAUUAUUGAUUUUUAUAUUAUAUAUAAAAUAUGUUAAUUAUUAUGUGGUUAUUUCUAAUAAGGGAAAAUAAAUAUUUUCAAUCAGUUGAA